AUGAAAUCUAGAAUAUUUACAGUUCUCGUAGGCUGUAAUAUUUUGAUUCUGGCCACAGCCCAAAAUACCAUAUCGGAUCGGUUUUAUGAUAAAUCGGAAAAAUGUUUCGAUCAGCUACAUGUACCACAACGUUAUAAAGCGUCCUUUCAGGCAUUUCGUUAUCCCGAUGAAGAGAUUGUACACAAAUAUGUUCAUUGCUUGGCAAUGGAAUUGGAAAUAUGGACAAAUCGUUCAGGUUUUAAUAUCGAGAGAAUUUAUAAUCAAUAUCGUAAUCGUGUCAAUGAUGAGGUUAUGUUACCCACCAUCAGCAAUUGUAAUCGUUCGGCUCAGAAUAGUAAUAAGGAAUUGUGGUGUUAUCGUGCCUUCUUGUGUAUUCUUAACACGGAUGUGGGUAAAUGGUUUAAGGAGGAUGUUCAACGUUCGCGUCAAGCAAAUAAUAUACCAAAUGGACAUUAGUAGAGAGAUUUG